AGCACGUUUUUAACCAAAGGACUCAGGUAGCGAGUCAAAUUUCUAGUUCACCAUUCACCGUAACUGUUCUGGGGUAACCAGGGCAUUACACAUAAUCACAUCUUCCUACAUAAUCCAAGGAAUCCAUACACCAUCAUCACGUAAUUAAAUAAACAAAAAUAAAAAUAAAAAGUCACAACAUCACAAAGAAUUAGUAAAAGAUGCAUAAACUUUUCUCUUGAUCUGUAAAAGCAGGAUUAUUAGAUAUAUUACAUUCUGUUAUGGGUUUAGUUAAAUAAACCCCCUUGUAACUAGUGUUGGUUAAGUUUGUCUAACCAACUUGCUUUUAUUUUUUCAGCCUUAUUAUUGAAAAUGCUAUAUAUUGUACCUGAUUCUUUUUUAUAGCCCCAUAAAUUUCUCAGCUUCUUCCGAUCUCACCUUCCAUGGCUUGAACUCGGAACAACAACUCUCGGGAACAACUUCCUUCCUCCAUUGAUUUCGGCGUCCCACUUACUCAUCCGACCAUGACCGCCGGCAAUGGCACAACCACCUUCACUUCGAAUAAUCCAUUGGAUUUGCCUCCUUAUGAACGACCUGCCCCUGAAGAUGCCAAAAAUCCCUACUUCAUGGGCACAAGAAAUCACCUGGGCCUCAUUCUUGCAUCACCACCACCCACGGACACAAACUUCUAGUAGUGGGCUAGAGACUUCAAGCUUUCGGUUGGUGCCAAGAACAAGUAUGGCUUCCUCAUUGGAACAUUAUCACAACCCCCACCUGACCACCAUCUGUUUGAAUCUUGGAAUAGAUGCAACCAAAUGGUCAUGUCUUGGAUCAUUCACUCGGUUUCUCUUGAUAUCAAAAGUAGUAUAAUGUUUCUUGAUACUGCUGCUAAAAUGUGGACUGAGUUGAAUAGCAUAUUGAAUUAAGGGAAUGGUCCUCGUAUCUUUGAGCUUCAGACUUCUCUCAUCACUCUUCAUCAAGGUGAUGACUCUGUUAGUGCCUAUUUCACAAAGCUCAAAGCCAUUUGGGAUGAAAUCAAUGAGCUUCAACUUCGCACGCCUUGCACUUGUGCUGCUGCUGCCGAUUACCUUGAGCUACAAAUCUUGAGCAAGUUCUUCAAUUUUUCAUAGCCUAAAUGAAUCUUACCAUGUCAUUCGUGCUCAGGUUCUUCUCAUUGAACCCUUUCAUUCCAUUUCCAAAGUUUUUUCCACAAUUGUACAAGAAGAGAGACAAAUAAGGUUGUGUCCCUCCACCACAACCAAUCUCAUUGCAGCCACUGCUGCUCCAGAUCCCAACCCUAAUUCCAAUUUCACUCAUUCCACUCUUCUUCCCUCAAGAACCAAGAAAAUGCGCCCAACUUGUUCCCAUUGUCUAAAGUCGGGACAUCUCAAAGAAAAGUGUUAUUUCAUUCAUGGAUUCCCUCCGAGAUAUGGCACUAAGAAACCUGAAUACACUACAAGAUCGGCUGCAAAUCAAGCUGUUGCAUCUUCCUCCACAUCACCUAUGUCGAGCAAUCAAGCAACCAUAUAGAGCCUUCUUGCUCUGCUCAGCCAGCAGCUCCAAUGACCUAUUAUCUCCAAUACCGAUCCCACCCCAGCAGUAUCUUCAAUUUCUGGAAACAACACAAAGCAAGGUGAUUGGGACUGCUAAGAGAUCCGACCACCUAUUUCUUCUACAACAAGAGAAGUCACAUGUACCUUCUUGUUCUUUUUCUUCCAAAGAUACUUGUAUUGAUGUUCAUACUUGGCAUAAACGCCUAGGAUAUCCUUCCAUGAAAGUUACUAAUUCUUUUUAUAAAAUUUUAGAUUUUCCAAUUUCUUUAAGUCAUACGCCUUGUCAUAUAUGCCAUUUAGCAAAACAAAAGAAGUUGCCUUUUGAUUCUAAUAAUAAUAUGGAUCCUCUUGCUUUUGAUCUAAUACACAUGGAUAUUCGGGGUCCUUACUCUAUUCCAACUUUAGAAGGCUACAAAUACUUUGUUACCAUAGUUGAUUAUCACACUUGA